CCCCCCUCCACGGUCCACACACACUCCUGAAAAUCAAUCAUGGAAAGCCGUUGCGCGAGCAGAGGGGAGCAGCGCACACCAGGUCACAAACACUCUCAGGAUUCAGAAAUCCAGCUGCAAGCAACAGAAAUUAGCGAGAUCACGCACGCCAUGGCAGCUUUGUUGGAUCUCAUGCUGGUUCGCUCGUCGCCAUCGCCUCGCUUGGUUGUUGCUCCACAGGCGUGCGCCGCACCGGUGGCCGGGGCGCCCGGGGAAGGAGAGGGAGCAAUGCCGCCGGCCGUUCCGUGCCUCCGCGCCGUCGUGCUGCGGGAGGCGUUGAGGGAGCGGCUCGCCGGCGAAUGGGAGGAGCGGCGCCGCCGACCACGGCCGCCCCCGCUGCAUCUUCGCGUGGGCCAGUGCGGGAGGAACAGAAAGAGGAAGUGGGCCGGGCCGAGAAGACGGCCCUCAACUCCACCUUCUGCCCAAAGCCCGAGGGUAACCGCCUCACCCAACAAGGCGCGCUUCUCCUCUUCUCCCCGUCGCCGGAGCGCCUACGAGAAAUCAUUCAUCCUCUCUGCCUCUCCAGCGAUGGAUCAGUUCCACGACAGGCAUCACGUGCGGCUGCGGAGCUGCGUGCUCCGCACGUACCUCCACGCCGACCACGACGGGGAGCGCGUCUCCCUCAGCCGGCGCCGUGACUCGCUGAACACGGCGUGGGUGGUGCACAUCCACCAACGCGCCGACGGCCCGUACCUGCUCCUCCACAGCGCCGCCUACGGCCACUACCUCGGCACCACGUUCAAGCCGGCGCCGCUCGGCCACCACGGCUGCCGCACCGAGCAGCGCGACUACGACGACGAGCCGGACUUGAUGGCCGUCAUGUGGAAGGCCGCCAGGGCGGGCGUCCGUGACAUCAUCCUGCUCCGCGACGUCGCCGGCCGCUACCUCCGCGCCAAUGACAGGUACCUCCCCUGGAACACCGGGGUGACCGUCGACAACAAGGUCAGCGCCCUGAUGUACUGGACCGUCGAGCACAUCCCCGACAGAGACGGUCCGCCUGGCCUUCCAGGCCCGAUCCACACCCCCAGCCCCGGAUACCACUCCCUCAUGCUCUGGCGCAACCCGGUGGUGUCACGGCUGAUCCGGUUCAUGCUGUCCGAUCCCAACGGCCCCAUCUACACCCAGCACUGCUGGACCACGCUGCGGUUCAGGGGGAGGUCCGUGUUCCACCUGAGGGACGAGCUGGCCAGGCGCAUCGCCUUCGUCCUCGACGGGCGUCAGUCCUUCGACCUCGUAAUGUGCGUCCGAGCGGGCCGCCGGGGGCGUCUGACCCCACUCGUCAUCGACCUGCCCAGCAGCGGCUACGGCGAGACCCUCUGGAUUGUCGUCUUCAUGUCCGGGACCCCAGCUUAUAACGCACUGCGACACCCGGAUGUCGAUGCAGAGUAGAGAAAGAUCAGAGCAGGAGUCCUGUCAGUUCACCUCUUCAGAAGUUUCACCGCCUCAGACAUUAUGACAGCAGAACUGGACCCGUACUUUUGCCUGUUGAUAGAUAUAGGUUCAGAAAACUCAGCAGCUCCCGUGUUUCUUUUGCUAGCUAAAACUUGCUCCGUUCUCUCGACAGGAUAGGGCGAACCUGUCAGUUUUGGCCUUGCGGUUCUAUGAUUCAGAACUGCUCAAAGCGUUGUGGCCAGUGGUUUUAGUAGUCGUCAGGGUCUCGCUCUUCUGCAAUUCAUUCAUCUCUAUGAUAUGUGGUUGGUACUUGCAAUGAGUUGAUCUUGCAUUUCUUUUGGAUGAUGGAUGCACUUCGUAUAAAUGAAAAUUGCAGUGUUCUUGC